UGCUUCUUUCUUUCUUUUUUCGUUAAAUAUUAAAUUUCUUGUUCUUGAUGCUGGAUUUUCAGUUACUGAAGACGUUUUACUAUUGAUUUUUCUUCUUAUUUUAGUUUUAUGUCUUGCAAAUGUUUAACUACUUAUUGCAUCCUCAGGUGAAAAGGAGAAACUCAGAAGAAAGCUCUACUCUGUGGACUACUGGCAUUGCAGAGCUUGAACUGCCCAUUGAGUACAAACUGAGAAAUAUUGAGGAAACAGAGGCUGCCAAGAAGCUUUUACAGGAGAAACGGCUAAUGGGUCAGGCAAAAUCAGAGUUUAGCAUCCCAUCAAGUUACAGUGCAGAUUAUUUCCAACGUGGCAGGGAUUAUGCUGAGAAACUUCGAAGGGAACAUCCUGAGAUAUACAAGGACAGAAGUUCACAAGAUGAUGGGGCUGGGGCAAAGCCAGCUGAAAAUAAUGUUGAUGCAACCCGUAGAGAAGCUGCAACAGAUGAGUUCAUGCUAGAGCGUUUCCGAAAGCGAGAAAGUCAUCGGGUCAUGCGGAGAUGACCUGCAUUGUGUCAAGCAUGAUUUUCAUGGUAGUUUAUCAAGCUUUGUGGUGCGCUAGAGUGUAUUAGUUUGUAAAAACAAGUACUGUAGCCAUAGCGACCAUUCUUGUGAUUCAAUUUACCUGCAAUUUUUAA